UUUCAUUUUUUUUUAUAAAAAAAAUAAAAUAAACGAAAUUUAAUAAAAAUGAGUCCACCAAAUUCUUUUGAUGAAAAGCCCGUCGUUGUAAAAUCAAAACGAGGACGAAAAGCACUUGCUGUUAGCGAAGGACAUAUAGAUGUUACAGGAAGGACACACAUAAUGACUGUUCGUAGAACAAAUCCUCCUACUCCAAAAAAGAAAACUACAACCCCAAAAGCAAUAAAACAAAACAAUACUUAUUGUAGACGAUGUGAACAAAAUGACGAAUAUAUCGAUGUUCUUAACGACCGAAUCGGCAAAUUAGAAAACUUGGUAGAAAAAUUAACAAACACAACGAAAAACAAUUGUAUCAACAACAACAAUAUUACACAACAACAACCUCAACCGAUAAUCGCUCCAAAUUUCUCUGCUAUGGGAACGGAAGAUCUUUUAAAUUUGUCAAGUCAAAUUAACGUUGUACUGCUCGAAAGAUUUGACAUUCAAAAUCAAUUACAAUUACAAACUUCGAUGAUAAACCCAAUAACUCCAAUAACUCCAAUAACUCCGAUAAAUUUAACCCCACCUGUAAGCCCGUUUACAACUUGCGAAGCCACUGAAAUAACGGAGUGGAGUUAUCCGCCAUUUAACCAAUAUUAAUUUAAAUACGAUUUAAUACGAAAUUAUCAUAUUAUAAAUUUUUUUUUUUUAUCGAAAUACUUACUAUUAUUAUUUUACGAAUUUUUUGUAUAAACAAAAAAUAUUAAACUUAAAACGAUUCCUGUAAAUAUCGAAUUAUUAUUAGAGUUUUCGUUUCACUCACUCGCAUUUUUUCAUUCAUAUCAUUUUUCAUUCUAAGAUAUUCAUAUGUAGUAUAGAA